UUCGCGAUAAAGAUCUACAAGGAUAUGGUCACACUAAACAUCAUGGAUUUAAUUCUUUACGAGGCUCAACGACAAGGUCGAAUAAGUUUCUACAUGACGAAUUAUGGCGAAGAGGCUUACAUUGGGAGUGCAGCCGGUUUGGAUAGUCAAGAUAUGAUUUUUGGUCAAUAUCGAGAAGCCGGAGUUCUUUUAUAUCGCGGAUUCACUCUUGACGAAUUCAUGAAUCAAUGCUACAGCAACGAGAAAGAUUUGGGUAAAGGCAGACAAAUGCCCGUACAUUACGGUUCUAAGAAAUUGAAUUUUCAAACAAUUUCUUCACCACUCGCAACUCAAAUUCCACAAGCAUCUGGAGCUGCCUACGCGCUUAAGAGGGCAAACAUAAAGAGUUGCGUGAUGUGUUACUUCGGUGAAGGUGCUGCCAGCGAGGGGGAUUUCCAUGCUGCGUUGAACAUGGCGGCGACCAUGAGAUGUCCGCCAAUUCUCGAAAAAACUAAUUUGGAUUUCGGUUGUCCACAAAGUCGAAAUAAUGGAUUUGCUAUCUCCACUCCCGCGAUGCAACAAUAUAGGGGAGAUGGUAUAGCGAGUAGAGGAAUUGGGUAUGGGAUUGAUACCAUACGUGUUGAUGGCAAUGACGUAUGGGCGGUAUAUAAUGCUACUAAGACCGCACGGCAGUGGGCAGUUGAAGAACAUCGUCCUGUUUUGAUUGAAGCCUUGACCUAUAGAAUAGGUCAUCACAGCACCUCGGAUGAUUCGUUCGCAUACCGCUCCAAGGAGGAAGUUGAAGAUUGGAAGCGUCAUGAUAACCCUAUUGUGCGAUUUCGCAAAUGGCUAGAAGAUAAGGUUGCCGUCCAGAAUUGGUGGAACGAACAAGAAGAACAAUCAUACCGAACCUCUAUCCGUAAAGAGAUUAUGUCUUCAUUUUCCAAAGCCGAAAAAACCCAGAAACCUUCCAUUUCCGAUCUUUUCAACGAUGUUUAUGAUCGCCAAACGCCAAACAUCAUUGCACAAAAACAAAAGCUGAAAAAACUUAUCGAAAAAUAUCCAAAUAAUUAUCCUCUUAAAAUUUUUAAAAAUGAGG